AUGCUGAAGCCCAGUCGCUUUGUCAGCCUGUCAGCAAACAUCCUUGGUAGCCACCUACACAUGUCCACGGAGCAGCACACUGAGGCGCAGGUGGCGGAGCUGGAGAAGCGUGCAACAAGCGCUGAGAAGCAGCUUCAGGCGCUGAGGAUGAAGCUAGAAGACGGCGCCGGCACCGCUGCCAACGGUGCGAAGCUGGAGGCCCGUCUGCGUGAGCUGCUGAAACUCAUGUGCGAGGACCGCGAUGAAUGCGAAACGAUACGCGCUCGGCGUGACGAGCUCAUGGAGGAGAACGCCCGCCUGCGGACGCAGGUGAUGAAGGGCGAGUACCGCAUCAAGCACCUUCUGCGUACUAUUGAGGAGAUUGAAAAGACCGGUGCGCCGUAA